CAACCAUGGACAACCUGGCUAACACCAACAGCAGGUUUGCACUUGACCUCUUCAGAAGGCUUAAUGAGACCAACCCAACAGGAAACGUGUUCUUCUCUCCUCUCAGUGUCUCUGCUGCUCUGGCCAUGGUCCUUUUAGGGGCCAGAGGUAACACAGAGUCACAGAUGCUGAAGACACUUCAUUUUGACAAAGUUGAAGAUGUUCAUUCAAGAUUUCAGAGCCUGACUAUGGAUGUAAACAGAAGCAAUGCUCCCUACCUCUUACGGCUCGCCAAUCGGCUUUAUGGAGAGAAGACCUACAGCUUUUUGCCGGAUUUCCUGACUAAUACUCAGAAAUUAUAUGGCGCUGACUUGGCUCCAGUUGAUUUUGUUCAGGCUUCUGAUGAAGCCAGGAAAGAAAUUAACCAGUGGGUAAAGGAGAAAACUGAAGGUAAAAUCCCUGAUCUGCUGUCUGAAGGCUCAGUUGAUAGUAUGACCAAGCUUGUACUGGUGAAUGCUAUUUAUUUCAAAGGGAACUGGGCAGAGAAAUUUCGAGAAGCUGACACCACUGACAUGCCAUUUAGUUUGAGUAAGAAUGAAAGAAAGACAGUGAAAAUGAUGUAUCAGAAAAACAAAUUCCGUUUCACGUACAUCCCUGAAGUGAAGAUCCGUGUUCUAGAGCUGCCUUAUGAGCAAGAAGAACUUAGCAUGAUCAUCCUGUUACCUGAUGACAUUGAAGAUGACUCCACUGGACUGCAGAAGCUGGAAAAGCAGCUUACCUUAGAGAAGCUCCAGGAAUGGACAUGUCCAGAGCAUCUAUAUUCCACUGAUGUUCACGUGCGUUUGCCCAAGUUCAAGCUAGAAGAAAGCUAUGACCUUGAAUCGGAUUUAGCCACUAUGGGCUUGUUGGAUUUAUUUGACAGUGGCAAGGCUGACUUGUCAGGAAUGUCAGGGGCACGUGACCUCUUUAUCUCUAAAAUUGUCCACAAGGCUUUUGUAGAAGUGAAUGAGGAAGGCACAGAAGCCGCAGCUGCUACUGCUGGCAUUGCUAUGCUCUGCAUGGUUCUGGAAGAGCAUUUCAAUGCUGACCAUCCUUUCCUUUUCUUUAUUCGCCACAACCCAACGCAAAGCAUACUGUUCUUUGGCAGGUGUACUUCUCCAUGAAAGAGAAUUUAGCAUUUGCAGAUCAGUUCCUGCUCUAGUCCAUGUUUCACUCCUGUAGAAAAUUAAUGCUCCUGUCUUGAUUCUGCCUUUCCCAUUUAAUCAAUCCCAGAGAAACUGGGGAGUCAUUUAAUCGUAUUUCUUGAGAUUGGCAUAAUCAUUAGUAAUUAGAAAAAUCUUAACUUCAGGCAGAAGAAAUCUUUUGGAAGUGGUCUAGAAAUACUCUUGGAAGAGACUUUUGUCUCUUAAAGCAGAGGAUCACCAGAUACGCAUCCUUGCGUGGGUUUCUCUGUGCUGAUGCAGUCCCUUGUUGUAAUAACUUGUAAUAACCCAGUUAUUCUUUAUGCAUGU